AUUUUGAGACAGAGAUGUCAGAGCUGAGUAUGGUGAGAAAUGAAAUUAAUCUGGCGCUAAACAACCUGAGCUCCUGGACGAAGGAUGAACAUGUGACCAAAAAUAUGGCCACAACAUUUGAUUCUGUUUUUAUUCGUAAGCAUCCAUUAGGAGUUGUUUUGAUAAUUGCACCCUGGAAUUACCCUUUUCAGCUCACCCUCAUUCCUUUGAUUGGAGCCAUUGCUGCAGGUAACUGUGUGCUCCUAAAACCAUCAGAGAUAAGUCAGAACACAGAAGCACUGCUGUCUGAGCUACUCCCACGCUACCUUGACACGGGCUGCUAUUCUGUAGUUUGUGGAGGAGCACAGGAGACAUCUCAGCUGCUUGAGAACAAGUUUGAUUACAUAUUUUUUACAGGCAAUGCAUUUGUGGGGAAGAUAGUGAUGUCUGCCGCAGCGAGACACCUUACUCCAGUGACAUUAGAGCUGGGGGGGAAGAAUCCUUGCUACGUAGAUGAUGACUGUAUGAUUGAGAACGCUGCACGACGCAUUGCAUGGUCUCGCUUCUUCAAUGCGGGGCAGACUUGCAUCGCUCCGGACUACGUCCUCUGCUCGGAUAGGAUAAAGGAGAAACUGCUGAAUGCUCUGCAAAGUACAAUUCAAGACUUCUAUGGGGUAGAUCCGAAACAGUCUCCAGAUCUGGGUAGGAUCGUUAACCAGAAGCACUUUCAGAGACUGUCUGCUCUUCUUAAAUGUGGGAAAAUCGUCAUUGGUGGUGAAACUGAUGAAUCGGAGAAAUAUAUCUCCCCCACUGUUCUUGUGGAUGUAAAUGAAACUGAUUCUGUGAUGAAGGAGGAAAUUUUUGGUCCCAUACUUCCAGUUCUAACCGUUGAAAGUCUUAAUGAUGCUAUUAUGUUUAUCAACAAAAGAGAGAGGCCCCUGGCUGCUUAUGUGUACUCCAGUAGCAAUCAGACUGUAAACGAGUUCCUGGAUAGGACAAUUAGUGGUGGCUUCUGUGGUAACGAUGGACUUAUGCACAGUACCCUCAUCUCACUUCCUUUUGGUGGCAUUGGUGAGAGUGGCAUGGGACGAUACCAUGGGAAGUUCGGCUUUGACACAUUCUCUCAUCAUCGUGCAUGUCUCUUGCGUAGUGCUGGUCGGGAAAAGUUGAACGAGAUUCGAUAUCCGCCUUACAGUGAAAAAAAAUUGAAACUUGCACUCUAUGCCACUGAAAUCAAACAGGGAUCUUGUGUCCUGUUGUGAUGACCUACCUGUUUGUACUGUAGCGAGGACAGACCUGUGUGUGUGUGUGCUGUAGCGAGGACAGACCUGUUUGUACUGUAGCGAGGACAGACCUGUGUGUGUGUGCUGUAGCGAGGACGGACCUGUGUGUGUGUGUGCUGUAGCGAGGACAGACCUGUGUGUGUGUGCUGUAGCGAGGACGGACCUGUGUGUGUGUGUGCUGUAGCGAGGACAGACCUGUGUGUGUGUGUGUGUGCUGUAGCGAGGACAGACCUGUGUGUGUGUGUGUGUGUGUGCUGUAGCGAGGACAGACCUGUGUGUGUGUGUGCUGUAGCGAGGACAGACCUGUGUGUGUGUGCUGUAGCGAGGACAGACCUGUGUGUGUGUGUGUGCUGUAGCGA